CAACCUCGCCGCCAUUACACCUCCUCCACCGUCGCCCAUCGCCUUCGUCUCCGGCACCGGCCGCCUCUGGCAGCCGCUACAUGGCCUCCUACUCCUUCAACAAGCACACCAACAGCCUGCUCCAGGUGGAGGAGGAGAAGAUGAGGAGGAACAAGGAGCUAGCAAUGGCGCUGAUGCAGGAAACUCAGCCGGCCACCGGCUCCGGAGAAGAAGAGGUGAAAGGCAUCAACCACCUGCUGGCGCUCCUCGGCGUCAGCGACGGGAACGGCAAGAAGGGCGCGGAGGAGGCGCUGCGGGAGCACCGGGGCCUGGUGGAGAAGAAGAAGCGGGCGCUGCUGAUGGAGCUGCUCAACGACGGCGACAAGGACGGCCACGGCCGGCAGGAGAAGACGGCGGACCUCGCCGCCGCCGCCCGCCAGCUCCGCGACGCGCUCUCCCGCCACGACCACCAGCGCAAGCUGCAAAGCCUCUGCUCGGAGAUGAAGACGCUGAGGGACUCCGUGGCAGACGAGAGGGAGCAGAGGAUGCAAUCGGACAUGGAGCUGAAGAAGCUCAUGGACGACAUGACUGCCGCCAGAAUCGGCAGAGAGACGACCAAUACUUUGGUCAGGUCCAUCCGUAGGGAUGUGAUGGAGGCGGAGGCGUCAGUGGAGUCGUUUAAACGGGAUGUGGAGAGGCUGCGGCAGUCGGUGCUGGUGGCGAGGAAAGAGUCGGAGUCGGCCCGCGGUCUAGCGAUCUUCGUCUGCUUUGGCGCCGCCACUGCCGCUAUAUUCAACGCGCUCCUCUGAUUAGUUUAUAUUCUAGCUAGCUUCUUUGAUCUUGAUACUGCUCAUUUAGUGUUUGAUUAAUUAUUCACGUCACACGACAGAUAUACAUAUAUACGAGCUUCUUCGAGUGCUAUUGAUAUUGGCAGCCAUUUAUUUGA